CUGCGCUGCAUUGUGCAGACGUGAAUUGAAAUGCUAAAGAGGCUAAAGAGUGAGGUUAUUUAUUAAUUUACUUCUGAAAAAUCUAGUAGAAUAAGUAGAACUAACUAGAAGUAUAUGGAAGUAAAUGCGAUUGUUAUUGAACGGUAGUGCAGUCGUUAUUGUCUAAUGUAAUCACAGGAAAAGUAUAUACAAAAUAUAUUCUUGCACUAAACGAAUGCAAGCCAAAGUAUCGAUGAAUUCAAAUUUAAGAUAUUAACAGUAAAAUAAUUAUUCUGUAGUUCAAAAGCAUCGUUGAAAAUGGGGAAGAAAAGAAAUAUUCAACCUCCACCAAUAACGCCAGGACGGAUAAAAGUAGAAAUAAAAAAUGAAAUAGGAGAUAGUGAUGUUCUUGUAGCAAGGGAUCGUUUAAAAGGCGCUCUUCGAGAAUUAUUACACCAUAGUGACACUGGUUCAUCAGCAGAGUCAGAUGACAGUCCUAUUUCGGAUUAUAAACAUCCCAUGAAAAAAAUGACAAAAUCCAUGAAUGUUCCACGGAGAGUCAGACGUCGUCGGCCAAUACAGACUGACACAGCGUUCCAUCAUACAUAUGUGAUGAAAUUAUUUGAUCGCAGUGUCGAUUUAGCUCAAUUUCAAGAAGACACACCAUUGUAUCCAAUAUGUCGUGCUUGGAUGGCUAAUCAACCGAGAAAUCCUCAUUUGGCCCCUAAAGUGCGUAGUCCAAGUCCAGAAAUAAUUAAUGAAGUUAACACGGCAAAUAAUUUAAUUGGUACUGAUGGUGAGCUAAGUGAUGUCCAUUAUUUACCACCUCCUUUGCCUCGUGAAGAAGCCAUACCAAGAAAUCGUAUUCCAUCCCCUAUACUUGAAGAAAAAGAUGAUUUGAACUUAGAUUAUGAAGGACAAAUUCUCAAAACGCGAGAACAAUUAAUGAAAGAUCAUAUUGAACGAUGGAAUGCUAUACGCAAAAAAUGGCAUCAGCAAGCGCAUAAAAAUGAACAACGUUAUUUACAAAGUGCUACUAUACUUGGCACCAUUUUUACAAAAGCACAAUCGGAAUUUGAAUAGCAGAAAUAUGGCAGUCCAAUGACUGCCAGUUCUUCCGCCGCUAAUUCUGCUAAUUUUUAUUAUAUCAUCAAAGAAUAAUUUCUUAUUAGCUAUUUUUCUACACAACUUCAUUGAUGAGUGAAUGCUUAUAUGCAGAAGUGAUUAUACUUAUACAUAUCUUAUAUGAAUGCGGUUUUUUAUUUAUAAUGUCCAGAAAAAAAAUGUAAUCAUGUUUUAACGAUAUUCCGAUAAUAAAUUAUAACCUUAAUAUAAAAGGAAAU